GGCUAGAGACCAGAAUCAGGAAGUAAAUAUACACUCAAAUGUAGAAACAACGGAACACAUAAAGCAUAAGCAGGCUAUAUGACCGUUUCUAAAAUAUAUUUUGCGGUUUUACAAUGCUCUUCUUUAACACGUUAAUUAAAGAUUAUAUGUGGCAUGUCAGGGCGUUUGCAAUAAAACUAUUAAUUUCUUCACUAUUUUAAAUUUUUCCUGUCUGUAAAUCAUCAUGACAUCUGGAGGAGUUUCUCUCAUCAAUAUGUCAUACUGGGAGAGUGGGAAAAGGAGGAUACGACUCUUGUAUCUUACAAACAAUAACACCUUUAACGUUACUAAACAAUGCACAAAUGAGGAUCAGAUGAUCCCUCUCUUUCUUGGAGCUGAUCUGUUCUCAGACACAGACGUUCGCAGUGAAAACCAACCCAGAUACCACGCGAAAUAUGCUAAACGAGGAUUGGCAACUAAACUGGUUUUCUCAUCAGACUUCAGAUUCCAAGGGCUACGACUUCCCUUUUCCAACAACAGUCUGUGGUUCUAUAGUGUUCAAGGAGUUUUUCGAGUGGCAUUUGACCUAUAUAGCAAACAAGACCAGCUCUCAAUUAUGGAGUCAUUUCAGGAUCUAUGGAAAUCUCGAAUAAAUGACAACAACUUAAACACGACCUAUCAUCUGGGUGCCCAGGACGUUCAACCCCAAAACGACCAAGAGACACAAACAAUUUUGGCAAAUAAUAAAACAUGUACAUCAUACCAAGGCCAUCAACACUCUGACGGAGGGGAAAUGGACAUCUUUCCAAUAACCACAGUCGAGUCAGACAUUUCAUCAUCUACAGAUCAUGACUACUGUUCCUCAACAGAGCAGACGAACUUAAGCCAGUGUCGUUUACUUGCUGAUAAACUUCACAGCCUAGCGGAAAAACUGAAGUUACUUACAAAUAUGGAAGCAGAACAAGUAAACACCACCACAAAGCUCUUGGACUAUGUUGAAUACUCUAUUACGGGGAUGAUUGAAGAGGAAAGACUGACGGAGACUGUGAUGGCACUGCUUCACUCUCAUUUUAAGAGCUACUCCAUCUACUCAAGCAGUCUUUUAAAGGCUGUGGCUGGUUGGCUUGGCCAGCAGUUCAAUGCAGCCAACGGCACCAUUAGCCACCGGGUUGAAGGUUUUAAGACCCAACACAUUGAGCACAUCACGAACUUGCCACCUCCAGAGGAGCUAGCAACUGAACUUUUUCCAGAGGCAAUGCGAAAUCUUCUUGCACACUGGAUGGGUCUGAGUGACGAGGCCGAACACUGGAAACGACACAGCGAAUACCCAAUUUUAUUGCUUAUCCUAGAAUUUGCCAAUCACAAUCUUAUCACUGGGGUGGCCCAUGUAUUGUAUUCCAGUCUAAUAUGCAAAUAAGUGUAAUUGUUUAGCAUAUUAUCACCUGAGAAGCCAUUUUUAUAGUUGUAUAGCUUUUUAACAAAUUAUUCCAAAUAAAUAGUUUACCGUUAACAGUCUUUUUUUCACACAUGUUGAGGGCACAAAUGUAGUAUUUGGUCACUUGUGAAUUUAGGCCAAACUAUUAAGAAUUUAAAAGGAAAAUGGCUAUCACUCGUAGUUCAUAUCUUCAUAUUUUUAACACAUGCUUUUCGCCACGCUCAGCUUAAAAUGUGUUGAAGCGUUAGACAAGAAUGUUUUGGUUUAUCCAGCAUGGUUUAACGAUGAUCAGAGCGACACAGUAUAGCUGGUAAAACAGGCAGUACAUCUCCUAUUUAGUUACAACUGACCUACUAAACAUGGGGAAGAAGAGGCGUAGUGAAAAUAAAAGUUACAAACCUGCAAAGGAAGCUUUACUGUGAGAUGGGAUAUCUCCCUUUUUUCAGAAGGAACCUAAUAUGGAAGAAAUGUCCAUUUUCGAGCGGAAGUAAAUGGACUGCAUUCAUAUAGCGCUUUCAUAGACCUGAUGGCCACCAAAGCGCUUUACAUUUGCCUCACAUUCACCCAUUCAUACACCGACGGCGGUACAUAUUGUAUGCUUUGUUUUGAUCAAAUAUGUGGAUUUGGUAGUUUAACCCUUGCAAUGCAUUAAAGAACUGUAUCUUGUUGCUUUACCAUG